AUGUCCGUCUAUAAUGUGGCGAAGACAUAUAACACUGUGGAUCCCCUGGGUAAAUAUCAAAUCGAGAUGCCCGAAUUUGACAAGGUUGUGGAGAAUUACCACUUCGAUCCAGAGGUGAAAGAGGCCGUCUCGAAGCUCAUGUCGUCCCAAGAGAAUUACUACGCCAACAUUAGCGAAACCGCCACACUGAGUGUCGAUAAAAUUAUCGAAAUUCACCACUUCAUGUUAAAUGAACUGUAUAAGAUCGAUCCAGAAUUUAAGAAGAUCCCGAAUAAGCACGAGCUGGAUCCCAAGCUAAUAGCACUAGUUAUACAAUCCAUAGUGAGCGCAAAAGUCGAAGAAGAAUUCAACUUGACUUCGGAAGACGUAGAGGCCUCCAUUGCCAACCAGCAAUACGCCCUGACUUCGAACAUGGAAUUCGCCCGAGUGAACAUUCAAAUGCAGACAAUUAUGAAUAAAUUCAUGGGUGACCAUUUCAAAUUUAUGUGCGACAAGGAGGGAGUCUACUAG